AUGAAAAGUAUCGAAGAAGAUAUCAGAAACGCCAUAGAAGAAGAAGAGGAGCGUAUGGCUAAGAUGGAAGAAUUAGCAGCGGUAGCUAAGGCAGAGGAAGAAGAAGCUGCCUCUGUAACACCAAACGUUGAAAGAUCCGAACAAGGAAACAGAGAACCCGACCCGAGUCCGGAAGUAGUAAUGAGAGGAGGAAGUCAACCGGAGAAGACGACGGCAACGCCGUAUAAGGUGUUACCGGAUUGUCUAUUGCUAAUGAUGUGUGAACCAAAGCUAUCAAUGGAAGUAUCCAAGGAGACUUGGGUUUGCAGUACAGAUUUCGUCAGAUGUUUACCGGGAAGACCUCCGGCGAAAAAGAUACCAGAAGCUACCGGAGAUCCUCAUCAUCAACAACCAAAGAAGCGAAUCGUCACCACCGUUGAUUCCAACGCGUCUUCUCGUCGGCGAUCAAUCGAUAAACCACCUGUUCACCAUUCGCUAUUACAGCCGCCACGGUCAUCUUGCUCAUACCCAGCAGCUCCGCCGAUAAUUACGGCGGCUGCGGCGGUUGGGGAGCAUAAGGUGACCGGAGCUAAUAAGGCGUACGAGCCACCAGUGCUGCCACGUUGCAAAUCGGAGCCGAGGAAGUCAGCUUCGAAGCUUGCGCCGGAAGCUUGUUUCUGGAAAAAUCGGAAGCUCGAGCCGCAUCCACCCGCUACGGUCGGAGUCGGCGGCGCCGGAGUAGGGUUCUAG